GACUUGUAGGACUGACUGAAGUUGUGAUGACGCCUGAUCGGUUUCGCUAUUGAACUGGGUCUGGACGCCGUCAAAAUACCGGAACUACAAACAAAGCACUCCGUUUAACCUCACGCCUCCUUCGGUAACAGUUUCCGAGUUGCUGGAAGACUGACAGAUACGUGUUUGCGGUGAUAUUUGGGACAAAGUGCUGAGCUGAUCCUAUCACGACACGGAAGUUUGUCUGCAUUGCUAAAAGUUUGGAACCUGUUGGUACUCGCGUCGACCACUUUUACGCAGGAAUGGCCGCGUUCCACAUGCGAUCGGAGGAUCUGAUCAAAAAGGAGCCGCUGGACGGCGGAGGAUUCGGGGACGUGUACCUGUGCUACCAUGCCACCCUCGGCCAGGUGGUGUUGAAGACCGUCUACACGGGCUCCGUUUGCACGGAGAAUUGCAAAAGGUCCCUGCUGGAAGAGGGGAACAUGAUGGCGUCCUUGAACCACGAGCGAAUCGUCAAGUUGCUGGGUGUGAUCAUGGAGGACAGGGGCUGUUCUCUGGUGAUGGAGCUCAUCCCCAGAGGCAACCUGUUGGUCAUGCUACAGACAGUCAGUGUGCCAAUAUCGAUAAAGGGAAGAAUCAUAUUGGAGAUUUUGGAAGGGAUGGUGUAUCUCACGGAAAAAUGCAUCCUGCACAAAGACAUCAAGCCGGAAAACAUUUUAGUCGACAGGGAUUUUCACAUUAAGAUCGCGGACCUGGGCUUGGCCGCCUACAAGACAUGGAGCAAACUGACCAAGGAGGAGUCUCGCAGGAAGAGUCGUAUGAGAGCGUCGUCGGGAGGCAGAGGUGCCGGCACACUCAGCUACAUGGCCCCGGAGCACCUGGAGAGUGUCAACACCCCGUCCACCGAGAAGUCUGACGUCUACAGCUUCGCCAUAGUAGUUUGGGUCAUUCUGACAGGGGAGGAGCCAUAUGCAAAUGCCAGGAGUGAAGACCAGAUCAGCCAUUGUGUUCGUCAAGGUGACCGACCAAUGCCGAUUCCAACGGACGCACCUGAAGACAUAAUUGAUCUCAUGAAGAGAUGCUGGGCUCAGCAUCCACAACAGAGGCCAAAGUUUAGAGAGAGCCACACAUUGUUCCUCUCCUUCUACACUGAAAAGCUUGAGCCAAAUGUAGAAUCAGAUUUGAUAAACCUCCAGGAAUUGUAUGAAGGCCCGAGUGAACUUGUUCAGAAGAUGAGCUCGUUAUCAAUGACCCAUGAAUCUGUUUCAGUAGACGGCCCAGCUCCUCUGGUGAGUUCAAAUAGUUCAUCUGUGCCAAUUGAGGCCAGUAUCGACGACCUGCACGACUUCCAGGAGCCUCCAAGGGGUCUUCAUGGCGUCCAGGAGCCUCCAAGGGGUCUGCAUGGGGUCCAGGAGCUUCCAAGGGGUCUUCGUGGCGUCCAGGAGCCUCCAAGGGGACUGCAUGGGGCCCAGGAGCUUCCAAGGGGUCUGCAUGGCGUCCAGGAGCUUUCAAAGGGUCUGCAUGCUGCCCAGGAGCAGCGGCCUGUAGACACUACCUCCAACUCCAUUCAGUCAGAUGCCCUAUCUCCUGAGCCUUCACCUCUGGAUGAGAAGCUGCUCCGAGAGCUUUAUUAUCACAAAUACGGUAGCUAUAACUGCAAGUACCAGACUAAUCUUGCCCACGGCUUCCAACAUAGCAGCUCGAAUCCUCACUCCUCUGUCCAAUCCUGGAACGACAUGGAGCCAGUUCAGGUGACCAGCGAGGCCGAGUGUCCCUACCGCCCUACCGCUGGACUCUACGAGUCCAUGAACACCUCCUUUCCCUUCCAGUCCCCCCUGCCAGGCUCUGCCAGCAGCCCAUCUCUCUCGCAGUUUAACCAGCAACAUCCACACUCCCACCUGGAUCGCCAGCAGUCCUAUCCGGCUUACCCUGUGACCGAUACAUCCGCUCCUGAGUUUACUCCUGGACGCCUCUUCAGCUCUAUGAACAGCAUCUCGCAACAAGAUCCAGGAUGUCUCUACAUCCAGAACGCCAGCGGGAUCCAGAUUGGAAGCAACAACACGAUGAAAAUCAAAAGCUUUGACGGGGCACAAAAUAUAAAGCAUCACCGCUCAGAUAAAACUCAGAUCAAAGAAAGAAUUCAAAAAUAUGAGGACUGUCCUGUGACUGGAUUGCACCUGGAUCUACUAAAAGACAACAUAGGGCAAGAUUGGAAGCAAUACGCACGGGCCCUGGGUCUGACCACAGUGGAGAUCGACACAAUCGAGUACAAUAACUGCAAAGACGGCCUGUCGGAGAUAAUAUUUCAGAUGCUGGAGUUGUGGAAAAUGAAGGAGGGAAGUGUCGGCUGCACCAUCGGGAAGCUUUGCACCCCUUUGGUCACAAUAGUGAAGGAGAGUGUCUUAAGGAAAAUACUGGACACCUGUGAAUCAUCCUUCCCGAUUGGAUGAGCUCUUUCUUCUUCUCUUGACACGUUUACCUUUCUACCCGUGGCGGAUACAUUUGCAUGCGUGAAAGGCAGCCCAGACAACAGAAGAAUAUCACAGUUACUCAUGACACCCCUGGAGCCCACUGCUCAGCUGUUUUCACAAGGAUGAUUGUUUCCUUUGAAAUAAUGAUUGUUUGAUCCCAGUGCACUUUCAAAUGAUUGCGUGAUUUUCAUCUUUUUCAGAGUAGGUUAACAUAAGCAGGCUCCGGGGGGGUCUCAGUCACGAAACUGCAAAGUCAGUGUUUAAUUUUCAUUUCCAAUCUGUCAGCAUCGCAAUGAUUUUUUUUACUAUGAAUGUUGUCCAACUUUUCCUGUGUUAGCUGGGAUAGUGUGCAGAAACACUGAUAGAACACAGUGGUGAGUAAGUCAAUUACUUUCCAUUUAUUAUCUGACCUGUUGUACUGUAUGUUUUGCUUUUAAUGUGAUUUCCCUAAACGUCGUCAAUAUGAAUUCUUAUGUAAUGAUCUGUUGUUUGAUGUGUUUGGAUGUGUUUCCAUUGACUUCAUUACACAACUGAGCCAGUGUCACACCAUCUCCCUGUCCUAUACCAAAGUGGAUCUACUGGCAUUUAGAAUAAACUGUAUAUACUGAA